CAGCAGCUUUCGGUCGCCAUUUCCUCCUCUCUUUUCAUAUGGCUGCCUUCCACAUGCGACUCUUGAUAGAUGCAAAAGUCGUCCGUCAAUCUCUACAUGGAUUCCUCGAUAUGAUUUUUGCGCCAUAAUAUUAAUAACAACCACCGAGCGCAAUGGCGACCUUAGGAUAUAAUCACAAUCUCACGCUCCUUUACAACGACACCAAAAGAAAGGCUGCCAUCAAUGUAGAUAAGCAGGAGCCGAGCCCCGCUUCUGCCAGGCUUCAUCGCAAGCUCCAUGCGCAGACUGAUCGCCUAGUAACUUGGGGUCUGGAAUGGGCAGAGGAAACGAAUGACAGCAUCGACGAGUCUAUCGAACGAGCUGGUUUCACCGAGAAUGUAACAAACGUCCUAGGCAACAUUAAGGAAAUCCUUGAACAGGCCGACAGACUUUCAUCAUGUAAUUCUGGAUCUGACAAGGUCGUCUUCAACCAAGAUCGCUAUCAAGACCUACUACGCGACUUGACCUCCUCUGUCGACAUCCUUUAUGACCUUUCAGCCUCUCGCAGAGCCAUCGCCAGAGGCACAUAUCCGAACUUGAGUGAUCACCCUCACGACAUCGCUAAGCAUGGUCUUCACAUGCCUAAGAUCCCCUUCGACGCAGCGAGUUUCGCCUCGUCGGAGAAGACCUUAGUUAAUACGCAAUUUACCCGACCGACCCUAUCUCCCUAUGCUGGACUCCCAGCAAGUAUCAACCCACAGGCCUUGAUGCUGCCCGUGGAAGGGCCUCCCCCUUACGAAUAUCUCGGCAUUCCUUCGACUGCUAGGAUGAUGGGUAGACUGAGCAAGUCUCUGGCACCUGAAAGUGUUCGCAACGUUUUCAGAGACAUCACGGAUGAAUACGUGUGGGUCAUGGUUGAGUUUGAGAAUUACGAUCCGCUGUACCGUGACACAGGCGUAUCUCCACCGCUUACACGAGUAGAGAAGCUGGCUUCCUCUCUGAACAUGUUAUCCAACAGAGGGAAUCUGAGGCUACUCGGUUACGUGGAAGAUCCACAGCAACCUCGCAUAGGACUGGUCUACGAUUAUCGCACUGUUCAGCCACUCCAGUCCGAGGAUAUCCGCCCAGUCACACUGAUGAAUCUCAUCUUGUCUGCGACACAGGCCACAAGACCAGUCGACAUGUCGAAUGCUACACCAUUCUUGGAAGACAGAUUCCGAAUAGCAUUACGUCUUGUUGAGAAACUAAGAGACCUGCACGCCGAGAAUUAUGUCCACGGCAAUAUUCACAGCGAGAGCAUUGUGUUCCUCCAGCAAGGCCAAUCAUCGCAACCUCGACAAAGCGAAUUGCAUCGACCUGUGAUCUCAGCAUUCGACAUGUUCUCCAGGAACAGGAUUGAAUACGGAGACUCCUCACCAAGAUCCAACAUCACAAAGCACCCAGAAGACACCGGAGGCGAGAUUGAUGAUGUCACGGCUAUUAGAUAUGAUCUCUAUCAAAUAGGUCUUGUUCUAUUGGAGAUCGGUCUUUGGAACCCUAUCAAUGACUACUUCAAGGAGAAGUACACACUCAAGGAUUUCAAACUCAGACUGGAGAAGCUAUACAUACCAAAGCUCGCAAGCAAAUGCGGGUCUCUCUAUAUGCGCGCAGUGCAGACUUGUUUGCGAUGGGCCGAUAAUGAUGACGUUGGAAGUAUCGGUAUCGAAGCCGUGUAUGACAGCAUCCUAGUCAAGCUCCAGCGCUGCUGCUUGCUAGACGAAACAGAACCUCUCGAGGUUACUCAGAUUCCUGCCGGAUUCUUGCAGCCACAAAGCAGCUCAGAUGGCUUCCAAGCGACGAAGAAGAAGCGUCGUAAUGCUUCGCCUACACGUCACGCUCUUGCCGAGUCCCUCGAUCUCAAAGCUGCCGAGAAAGCCUCGGUGGCAUCCUACCCGUCCGCCAUCUCAAGUUCUGUUGGACCUCGCUCGCCGAUCCUCUCGAUGCUCAGUGCAAAGUCGAUUAGAUCCAAUUCGACAAGCGCGGAGUCGGUCAGGCAUAUUUCUCAACCCACAACUCAAAGUUCGACUCCUAUACCACAAUCAGAUCGUUCUUCUGCUAUUCCCGGUACUCAAACAAUGCCGGCAGCCGAUCCAUUCCCUUUCUCGUUCCGUGACUACCGUCGUAAAGUCGUGCUUAUCCAAUCACGAUGGCGCGAGAGAAAGGCCGAAGCGUGUCGCAAGGUUCAGGAAGGGGGUCAGCCUCCGCAACAUCAAACUGAUCAACGACCGGUUGCUCCAACAAGCAGAUGUCGCUUCUUCCCCGUCUCACUUCCGCAAUCCAUUGUGGAAGAGUGGCAUUCAGACAUUGGUCUUCGCCUUUCAUGCAUCAUCGAACGAGCAUUGAAAGGUUCCCCUGAAUCCUCAAGCAUCGAUCUCGUCAGCGUUGGCCACGAUGCCUUUUCUGCAAAGCCAACCAUCAUCGUGACUUGCACCAAUACGGCAAGAGUCAAAGCAGCACUCAAACGCAAGUUCCAUUACGAUCGCACAAUGUUCGACCUCAAAGUCCGUCAAGGCUGUGUGUCGCUCUCAAGAGCCAAAUCAAGGACCUGCGGCAAGGGUGAUACAGCCAAGCGAAGUCUCGCAAGAGGUGACGGAAGCGAAAGUAACAUAACCCGACCAAUGAACCCAUUCUGGCAAGAGCGUCCUCUUUGCGGUGCAUCGAUUGGAGCCUACCUGCCAGAUCAUGGCCACCUUGAACCAGUCUCCUUCGGUGGUAUAGUCAAAGUGGAUGACAAAGAGUAUGGUAUGAGUGUACACCAUAUGCUCGAACCUCCGACCGACGAAGAAGAGUCUACCGACUCGGAGUCAGACUCUGAUAUCGAUGAACAGGCCGAUCAAGGUGCCACUCGAUCAAGUGCAAGAGCUUCAGGACAGACCUUGCCACGUUUGGCGACCGGAUCAAACCAUGAUCAUGGAUACAUGAGUGAUCUCUCAUCGGUCUCUGGCGCAGAUUCAGACGACGACGGGUAUAUAUCCUCCGACUUUGAAAGCGACGUCUCCGAAGACGAAGGUGCUGGAGACAGACCGGGUGUUACUGUGUCCUCAUUCACCACGAUACAGGUGACUCAGCCAGCCUUUGGAGAUGCCGUAGCCGAAGACCUCCACGCCGACGACGCAACCACAGAAGAACUAGAUGAAGACCACCUCGCCUCUUACAAAUUAGGCAAAGUCUACGCAUCCUCCGGCCUCCGCCGCUGGAACCAAGAUGGCCGACGCUUCGAAAUCGACUGGGCACUCCUUGAACUCGAACCUCCCCGCCUUCAACCCUACAAUCUCAUCCAGGGCGGACGACGCCACUGCAAGUCUCCGGUAUCUUUCAAACCAGAUCUCAAAUUGCCAAUCUGCAGACGCAACAAUCUUUACGCUGCAGAAGAAGACUGGUACCCUACUUCCAUCAUUCCCUCUUCCCAACUCGCAAACCUUGCAGUCCACUGUCUGGGCCGCACAUCCGGUCUCGCCUGUGGUACGAUCAGUGCAGCCAUGUCUUUUGUGAAAAUUAAAGGGCGUAAAAAUUUCUCCCUCUCUUGGACUGUCGUGGGUGACUUCGGCGUCGGAGGAGACUCAGGUGCUUGGAUAGUCUCCAACACAACCGGACAAGUUGCCGGUCACGUCCUUGCCGAACGCCAAGGUUUAACUUAUAUCUGCGCCAUGAGUCUAUUGUUCGAAGAUAUCAGGGACACUCUGAGGGUAGGAAGGAUAAGUCUACCCGGGGCGGAAAAGGUUGUGGCUUCUGCAAGCCAGGUAGAUAAGGUGGACAGGGCAGAGGGAGUCAUGUAUACGACUGCUUUACCGACGAGGGAGAGGAUGGGCUUUUCGACAACGCAGAAGGGUGAUGGCAAGAGAUUUUUCGAUCCUGGGUCGGCGUCUAGGACGAAGAGUAAGGCUGCCGAGGCCGCGAUAUCGAAGCCGAGGACGAGUUGGUGGACGCAGAGUGUUAGGAAUUGAUGAAAUCAGAGAAAUACUAUUCCCCUGUCAUACAAGUUGAAUAAACUCUUGCAGAGACAGCUUGCUUACGCCCGUCUUCUAUGCAAUGUCCAGGCCC